UUUUUCUCAAUCAACAAUUCUUUCACCAAUUCCAUUCUAGGUGUGAAAACAAACGGGCCUUGGGGAGAAGCAAACUCCUCAGUUACAGCACUAACCUUGCGGGUAUACAUAUCCAUAUGCAUACGUAUUACAUAUAUUUACGCCACCAAUUAAGCAGUGUAGCAGAGCUUAGAGAGAGACAUAACCCCCAACAAUGCUCAGCCUAGGACGGUUUCCGCCACCAUGCAACACCACCCAUCACCACACCGUCUCUCAAUUUCUUCCUUUUCCAUCCAAAACCCACCAAACCCAUCUCGCUUUUCUCUCAGAUGGAUUGACCCAUUUCAAUUUCUGUCCUGUUCUUCACCAAAUUCCUACUAGAUUUUGUGUUUCUGCUUUAAAGGGUCGAAGUGGAGGAAGAGGAGACAAUAAUAGGCUCUUGGAAAUGGAAGAUUUCGAUGAUGACUUUGACGAUGAAGAUGAAGAUGAAGAUGGUGAUGAUGAUGAAGAAGAUGAAGAGAUGUUUGUGCCAUUGAUGGAUAUGAAGAAGUGGAUUGAGAACAAGCCUUCUGGGUUUGGUGAAGGGAAAUUGUAUGAUACUUCAAUUGAAGACAACCUGCUCGAAGAAAUGCUGCAGAGUAGGGAAGCUCAGCUUGCUAAUAUCAAUAGGCUCAAGAACAGCCCUGAAAACCCUAAUUCCAAGAAAGAAAUUACUCAGAAACAGAGAGCCCCUGAAGUUGUUCCACCUCCAAGUGGAUUUCGUGUACGUUUGGUCAAUCUUCCUAAGAAAAAGAACAUCCAAAGGGAUCUGCAGCUAGCUUUUAAAGGUGUCCCUGGGGUUGUUAACAUAGCUCCAGCUGUUUCUGGAAACAAAAAGACGAGGGAUCCCAUAUGCAAGGGCUUUGCAUUUGUUGAUCUAAAAUCCGAGGAGGAUGCGAAUAGGUUUGUUAAAACAUUUUCAAGACAAAGUAUUAGCUUUGGGAAGAUUCAGAAGCAGAUAAAAUGUGAGAUUAUGAAUUCAAAAUCUCCCACCUCAGCAUAUGAACAGUCAUCAGACAGAAGUUACAGUGCUACUCAACUAGUGUUUCGCAGUUUGGGGGAAGGCUCAGAUGCUGAUUUUGACAUUGAUGAUACUUCCCCAGAUUCGUGGGAGGUAGCUGCCUCUGAUGAAUCCAAGGCUGCAGAUGAUGAAUUUGUACAAGCACAAUGGGAAGAUGAUGGUGAAAAUUUGGGAUCUUUCAGUUCAUCAGAUGACAAUGCUGUUGAUAGCAUGGAAGCAAGAACUGAGUCUGCUUCUGAUGCAUUAAUCUCAAAGAAGCAAGCAAAAGUCCGGAGAAAUGAAAAAAAGUUGGUAGCUAAAAGAAAGGGAACAAAGGAUCCAAAAUUGAACAUUCCCGGAUCUGCAAAUAGGUUGAAAAUAAAGGAGAAGGCUUUGCUAACUGGUGUGCUCUCCAAGUAUGCAGUACAAGCCUCUUCAGCUUCAAAAGAACAGAACUGAUCUGUAGUUUUUUAUUUCUCCUUGAGAUUGCUAUGGCUAUGAACAUUACUGCAAACACGAGAUUAAGUAUACCAGAGAGAUGAUCGUUAUGAAUGUCAAUUAAUUUUUUGUUCUCUUCCCGUUAUUUGUUGUCUGAUGAACUGUUUUUCUUUAAUGAAAACCAUUCUGGCCGUACUUUAUACCCCCCCUA